GGGGAGGAGCGGCAGAAACGGAGGAUCUAUAAAACACCGGCGACGUGAGCAACACUUCAGGAAUUAUUAAAGAGUUUUUAUUGACUGUCGCGACUCGCUAGACGUGCUCAGUUUGAAUUAUAUCUCCGUUAUUUGUUUUCUUGGUCGUUCGUCGCUUAUAAGUGUCCUCCGUAUCCGUCGCUAGAAACAUCGAGUUUUCCGUUCCGUAUUUCCGAAGGAUCUGACCAGCGAUUUCAAACAUGUUUCCUGAGAGCAGCACUGGGUACAGCUAUGAGGACUGCCAGGCCACGGCGGACUGGCUCCUGUCCCAGACGGCAGUGUGUCCUCUGGUGGGCAUCGUGUGUGGCUCCGGGAUGGGCGGACUGGCUGAUGCGCUGAAAGACUCGGUGGCAUUCAACUAUAAAGACAUCCCCAACUUCCCCCAAAGCACAGUGCACGGUCACGCGGGGCGACUGGUGUUCGGCACUCUGAAGGGAAUACCAUGUGUCUGCAUGCAGGGGAGGUUUCAUCUCUAUGAGGGAUAUGCCAUCCAAAAGAUUACGAUGCCAAUGCGGAUCUUCAAACUCAUGGGAGUGAAGACCGUGAUUCUGACCAACGCUGCCGGCGGCCUGAACCAGGACUAUAAAGUAGGCGACAUCAUGAUCAUCAAAGAUCAUCUCAACAUGCCUGGGUUUGCUGGAAACAACCCACUGGCGGGACCCAACGACGAGAGGUUUGGUUUACGCUUCCCCUGCAUGUCUGACGCGUAUGAUCGGGAGCUCCAGCAGCUGGCGCUGGACGUGGGCUCAGAGCUCGGCUUCGGGGAUUUCCUGCGAGAGGGCGUUUACUGCGUUCUAGGAGGACCUUCGUUUGAGACGAUCGCGGAGUGUCGCAUGUUGAACAAGCUGGGAGCCGAUGCCGUCGGCAUGAGCACCGUUCACGAGGUGAUCGUGGCCCGUCACUGUGGCAUGCGCGUCUUCGCUCUGUCUCUGAUCACCAAUAAAGCGGUGAUGGACUACGACAGCGAGGAAAAGGCCAAUCACGAGGAAGUUCUGGAGACGGGCAAACUGCGAGCGGAGCAGCUGGAGAGACUCGUGUCCACCUUAGUCACCCGGCUGGAACACAACAACAAUUACGCCUGAGACUGAUCUCGGAUCAGACCCAACGUCAGUCACAGACCAAAUAACGCCGGAUAUAUGGUUUCAGGAACCAUACAGGUCAAAUGCGAUCAGCACACACUUAUUUAUAAUGUUUAUUGAAUCUUGUUUUUAAACAAAUUUACAUUUUGUAAAGCCUUCGUUUAUUUUUGGUCUGCCUGAUAUUUUGCGCUUAUGUAUAUACGACUGGUGAGCAUGGGAGUGCUUGGGGUUUUACACAUAAUUAUGACAUUCCUCUGAAUGAUAAACUAAUGUUUCUUAUUUCUAACUUAAAAGUUUACCAUUAAAUCUCUGUAACACUUUGAUUGGUUUGUAGGUAGAUGUACAGUAAAGGUCUAUGUUGUGUAUUUGUUUUUUACAUUAUUAGCUAAAUUGGCUAUUUAUUUUUAGUGUCUCCCUCUCGUUUAUGAUGGUUUUGUGUAUUGAACUUAAUAUUACACAUUCAUGUGGGAACUGUCUGUCAGAAAUGUUUGAGUUGAUGAGGGCAUGGUGAUGAUGAACAAAUUGGAAGGAACAAUAAUAUAUUAAUGUUUUUGUGUCUUUUUAAACUUGAAUAAUGGAAAUAAUAUGAGGUGGGAAGGAAAUGGCUUUGUGAGUGAAUGCAAAGUUUCUCGAAAGAAUGCAUUUCCCAUCCAUCUUAUAUUUUCUCAUUACCGUGUUCCCUGGGGGUGUAUAUAUGUAUUUCACCUCAACAUCAAAAAUAAAUUAUAUU